ACACAGCAAGGAGUGUCUGAGAUCUCCUGCCAGCUAUAAAGCUGUGGAAAUAGCUAUAUACUCCACACGGGCGGUGCGGGUUUUCUUAGUGAGAAGCCAGAGUGAAGAAGGCUGACCACCAUCCCAGCAAAAUGUCUGGCUCAGCUGUGAAGUGUGUCACGACCCCAUGUGUCACCUCGUGCCCUGAUGCGAAAGUGGUGAUCCACCCGCCGCCGCUUGUCCUUACUCUACCAGGACUGUCCCUCACAACAUCCCCUAGCCAGUGCCUUGUGGAAACCAAAACUUUGUGUCUCACGAACGGCUCCGAGGCGUGCGGUGAUGGAUCCUCCACAGCAGUCGUCACCAGAUCCUCAGGCCUGCGUGCCAUUUCCGGCGGAGACACGCCGUGUUGUACAACCACCUGUCCUGACUCACAAUUGGUGAUACAACCUCCGCCUGUUUGCAUUACGAUUCCAGGGGCCAUCCUCACCAGCUAUCCUAACGAAUGCCUGAUAGAAACCUCGACCCCCUGUGUCCCCAGUGGUGCUCAACCACGUGCCAUCACCCGCUCAGCAUCAGUUUCCAACUGCUCCCCUACCCCGGGCCAUGUGUCUUCCUCCACCUCUGUCUCAUGUGGCCUCAAUAGCGCAUCGCCGGAGUGUGUCACACGGGGUCCCAGUUCCAAAGUGGUGAUACACCCACCACCGAUUGAGGUCACCAUUCCCGGCCCCGUUCUCGAAAUUGCCGCUGAGGAGUGUGCAGUGGAAGUCUACAACCCAUGCGACAAUACCAACGCCAUCACCAGUGGUGAACGGUGCGCCAUCACCAGUGGUGACGAAGGUGAAGUGAAGGCCCUGACAGCCAGGACCUGCACUUCAGUGUGUGGGGUGAUUGGCGCAUCUACCUGCAUCUCCCAGGGACCAGAAAUGAAAAUUAUGAUCCAGCCCCCUCCGAUAGAAGUAGACCUUCCUGGGCCAAUCCUUCAAGUCUUCCCUGAAGCAUGCAAAGUGGAAACUCUAAGUCCAUGUGUUCCCACGGCCCAGGAACUGUGCAGUAGUGAUCCCCAGGCACUGUGUAGCAGCGACGAUACAACUUCGACAGCCCUGGCCAAGAGGGACACAUCACUGUGUACCAUAAAACGCCCACUGCCUGACAUCCGAAGGCCCCCUCGCCCCUGGGCUGAGAUGUACAGCCGGUCCAUGACCCCACGAAACAUCAUGGCAAAGACGUCCCAGUUAACCAAAUACAGUUCCUUCACCUCAGCGAGCUACCAGCCAUCCUAUUGA